CACCAUGGUUGCGGUCACUUCUCUCGGGCUCCUGCUGCUGCUGCGGGGGAUCCUCCACGUGGGCGCCAAGAGCACGAGCGAAGUCACCUCCAUCUCCGAUCUCUCCUCCGAUCUCUCCUCUACCUCGUCCUCCACCGAUUCAUCGAAACACUCAUCAACUGACUCCAGCGACUCGAUCAUCGUGGUCACCACCGAAACCGCAGCGGCGGUUCCCACCGGCAGCUACAUCAGCUACACCACCACCAUCACUGUCGCUGACAGCAUCACCCCCACCACCUUUGCGACUACCACCGCCUUCAAUACUACUACAUCCACAAAUGGCACCACCACAGCGGCCACCACCACGGACACGAAAGUCGUCGUGACCGGCACCCGCGUUGACAGUAGCACCUCGACCGCCACCGCAACCACCCCGGCCAACUCGCAGCCCUGCAAUGGCUACACCGAGUUCUGCAGCAGACAAUACUCCAACAUCACCAUGGUCACAGCACAUAACAGUCCGUUCGUGAAGAAGAACAACAUCGCGGCCAAUCAGAUGUACAAGGUCAAGACUCAGCUCGAGGAUGGAGUGCGCAUGCUCUCAUUCGAAGCACAUUACUAUGAAGACGACAUCUACCUCUGUCACACCUCCUGCGACCUUCUCAACAUGGGCACAUUAGAAACCUACCUCACCACCGUGACCGAUUGGAUCAAGGAAAACCCUUACGACGUGGUCACCAUCCUGAUUGUCAACUCCGACUACGUCUCUCCUUGGAACUUUACCAGUCCUAUCGAGGACUCUGGUCUUAUCGAUUACGUCUACGAGCCGUCGAUCAUCCCGAUGAGCCUGGACGAUUGGCCCACACUCUCUGAAAUGAUCCUGGAUGGCAAACGCGCAGUCGUAUUCAUGGACUACCAGGCCAACCAGACGGCUAUACCAUACAUCCUCGAUGAGUUCACACAGAUGUGGGAAACGCCAUUCUCGCCACUGAACACCUCGUUCCCCUGCACCGUGCAACGACCACCCGGCAUCACCGCCGCGCAGGCCGUGGAUCGGAUGUACAUGAUCAAUCACAACCUGAAUAUCGAGAUUGAAUUCGAGGGGAUCGACAUCUUGGUUCCGGAUUCGGCGCAGAUCAAUGAAACAAACGCAGUGUCGGGAUACGGAAGUUUGGGCUUGAUGGCGAACGACUGUAGAGCCAAAUGGGACCGACCACCGAACUUCCUCCUCGUGGAUUACUACAACGACGGUAACUUCCAGGGCUCGGUGUUCGAAGUUGCCGCCGAAAUGAACAAUGUCACAUACAACGGGAAGUGCUGUGGAGGGUCGAAGAGUGCGGGAACGAAAAUGGUUGAUACCUCGUAUAUGUGGCUACCUGUGCUUACUGUUGUUGGCUUGGUCACCUUUGGACUAUAAUAGAAUGUGAUAGAUGAUAUAUACCACCCUCAACUACAUUUGCCUUAUACUGAC